AUGGCCUUCACCCUGGCCUUAGCCAUUGGACUGGCAUUGCUUGCCGGAAUCCUGCCACACGGCCUCAAUGAAAGCUCAAAUCAUAAAAAGGCCAACGGAGACAAGUGUGUCCACCACACCCAGUGCCUCAGUGACUGUUGUCUCAUAGACCUGGAAAGAAGGGGAGCCUUCUGCACCUCCAAGUCCCGCGCGGGCAUGGCGUGCUUGCCCCAGACCAAGGGGAGCCUGAACAUCAUGUGUCCCUGCCGAAUCGGCUUGAGCUGCCAUUCCAAGGACUCCAUGUGCCCCCGCCGGUGCCAAAUGAUUUGA